AUGGUCACGUGCAAUAAUUUAGCCGUAUUUCUACAGCAAGACAGCACCAAGCAGAGUAUCGAACCGUACAGGACUGGACAAAUGACGGAGCAGGAGGACAUACCUAGGGACGUGCGGCUCCUCCACUUGCUGUUGGCGUCGCAGUCGAUCCAUGCAUACGAGGACAAGGUUCCUCUGCAGCUUAUGGACUUUGCUCACCGGUAUACGAAAGGUGUGCUGAAAGAUGCAGUUCUGUAUAAUGACUACGCGGGAGGAGGGAAUAAUAACGGCGAUUUGAGCGUCGAAGACAUAAGAUUGGCUAUUGCAGCUCGCACACAGUACCAGUUUAAGCCAACUGCUCCUAAAGAGCUACUGUUACAGUUGGCGCAGGAGAGAAAUAAGAAGCCACUGCCACAAGUGAUGUCUAUGUGGGGUAUCCGUUUGCCGCCAGAGAAGUACUGUUUGACAACGAAGGAGUGGACAGUAGAGGAAGAGCGUGGAGAGGAGUGA